CUCUUCACUCGCUAUUCAACAUCAUGCUGUCCCGGCUCGCGCUCUCGGCAGUGCGACUUGGCAGACCAUCGCCAUUGGCAGUCUCAUCGACCUCAUCGCUCGCUCGCCGCUGCUUUGCGAGCAGCAACGAAGCGCCCCCGAAGAAGAGCGAGCCAUCUGAAGCCACCAGCAGCAGCAACAAGCUGAGCUUUGAGGAAGAGGCAGCGCGGCAAAUCCGCAACGCGGAGCUCAUCCGGGACACGCGUGGCAAGAACGAAGAGUUCAACAAAGGGCCAGUCACCUGGGUCAGCCUGGGCUUGCUCGCCGUCGCUGGUGCAGGAUUGGUCAUGUACUUUCAGAGCGAGCGCGCAAAUCAUCGCGCAAACCUCGAGGCCAAACGCAACCGAGGAUUGGGCGUCCCGAAGAUCGGAGGCCCGUUCACACUAGUCGAUACCAAUGGCAAGCGCUGGACUGAGGAGGACCUCAAGGGGCGCUGGACGCUGAUUUACUUUGGCUUUACGUUCUGCCCCGACGUGUGCCCCGACGAGCUUGACAAGAUGACCGAAAUUGUCAACACGAUCGACAACACGCCCGAUAUUGGCCCUGUUGUAACGCCCUUGUUCAUCAGCGUCGAUCCGAUGCGCGACAAUGCCAAGAUUAUGGGAGAAUACCUUGCUGCGAACGCAUUCCACCCGCGCAUUGUCGGUCUAACGGGCACCACGGAGGAGGUUCACCAGGUCGCCCGAGCCUACCGUGUCUACUUUAGUGCCGGCAUGCCCGAAAACCCCGCGGACGACUACCUUGUUGACCACACCAUCAUUCAAUACUUUAUGAACCCAGAAGGCAAGUUUGCCACGUAUUACGGACAAACCACGACGGCCCAAGAUGCAGCCAAGCGAUUGAUCCAGUCCAUUCGCGAGUACCGCGCCGACGCUCCUGAGCGCGAGCGUGCUUCCCUCAUGGCUGAACUGGAUGCUGCCAAGGCUGCUGCAUCAAACCCCACUGCUCAAGGAGCUACUCCGCCGCCACGGCAAUAGGUGUCUUUGUCGGUGCAAAACCAAAAACUGUUUGAUCGUUUGGCACCCCUGUGCGGCACAUGUACAUCAAUUCAAAACUACUUUAUGAAUCGUCGCACUGUGGAUGUAUCAACGAG